CACACGCGCGCGGAAUCGCGCAGCGUGCGUUCUCACCCGGCGACCGCAACCGGCAUCAUCACGCACGGCGCGCUAGUGUACGGAGGGGUCGGUGGGCCGGGGCUUUGCCCUCCGAGAGCCCCCGACCUCCCGCCUCUUGAGCUCGGCUUCCGAGGUAGCUGGCGAGAAGACGACCUCUUGCCUUCCACUCCGGCCAGCCAGGCCGCGUCGACGCAGAGCGGCUCCUCCGCCACAGAUAAAGGCCAGAACGUGGAGUGCGUCGUCUGCGGCGAUAAGUCCUCCGGGAAGCACUAUGGCCAGUUCACGUGUGAGGGCUGCAAAUCCUUUUUCAAGAGGUCCGUGAGAAGGAACCUGUCGUACUCCUGCAGAGGUACGAGGAACUGCCCCAUUGACCAGCAUCAUAGGAACCAAUGCCAGUACUGUAGGCUUAGGAAAUGUCUCAAAAUGGGCAUGAGAAGGGAAGCUGUUCAAAGAGGCCGGGUGCCUCCAACGCAAGCCGCAGGUCUCGCUCUGCCGGGGCAAUUCUCCCUCGCGAACGGCGACCCGGCCGCCGGGUUGAACGGCCACCCUUACCUCUCCUCCUACAUAUCCCUCUUACUUAGAGCAGAGCCGUACCCAACGUCAAGAUACGGCCCGUGCGUCCAACCCACAAACGUGAUGGGCAUAGACAAUAUUUGCGAACUGGCAGCGAGAUUACUCUUCUCUGCCGUCGAAUGGGCGAGAAAUAUACCCUUCUUCCCCGAACUCCAAGUGACGGACCAGGUCGCGUUGCUAAGACUCGUCUGGUCCGAGUUAUUCGUCCUCAACGCGUCCCAGUGUUCAAUGCCCCUCCAUGUGGCUCCCUUACUCGCGGCCGCCGGUCUCCACGCAUCCCCCAUGGCAGCAGACCGCGUGGUCGCGUUCAUGGACCACAUACGAAUCUUCCAAGAGCAGGUGGAGAAGUUAAAAGCUCUCCACGUGGACUCCGCUGAGUACUCCUGUCUGAAGGCCAUCGUGCUGUUCACGUCAGAUGCCUGCGGUUUAUCAGACGUGCAGCACAUAGACAAUCUACAAGAAAAAUCACAAUGCGCCCUUGAAGAAUACUGCCGGAGUCAGUACCCUAACCAACAGACGCGAUUCGGAAAACUCCUUCUACGACUACCUUCAUUACGAACAGUCAGCUCCCAAGUCAUAGAGCAGCUGUUCUUUGUAAGACUAGUAGGAAAGACGCCUAUUGAAACUCUGAUUAGAGAUAUGCUUUUAUCAGGGAGCUCGUUCUCUUGGCCGUACAUGGCAACCAUGUGACAUACAAUGUGGAGACAGCUUGCGGCGGCCUGAUCCACGCCUUACGGCUUCCCGCCGUAUCUGCCGAGCCAGCGAUUCGACUUCCAGAGGUACCAUGAAGCCCCAGAAGACGCUGUGACGUCAUCGAGCGAGUUUCAAGAAACGGAGACGAC